ACCGUGUCCCGGCCUCAGCCCAGAGCGCAGGCGCACCUCUCGGUCAGGGUGCGGUAAUUUCCGUUUGCGACCAUGGCGGCGGUGGUGGUGUUGCUGUUCGGUUUGCUCUGGGCGAUGGUGGCGAGGGCCCUGGCGGCAGGGGAAUGUUACCAGCCGCCAAGGUUGGAAAAUGGCUUACUAGAAGAGAGGUAUCGUCAGCAGGAAAUAUUUCCAAGUGGAUCCAAGGUCUUUUACGUAUGUAACCCUGGUUACACUUUUCGUGAAUUCACUCGCAGAUAUAUUACUUGUAAUGAAGGUGUUUGGGAACCAUUACAAACCACCUGUACACCAAAGAGCUGUGGAAAUCCAGGGGAAAUUAUGAAUGGGUAUUACAAGGGUGACAAUACUUUUGGAAGUAACAUUACAUUUUAUUGUAAUGAAGGAUAUACUCUGGUGGGUCGAAAGUACCGGUUGUGUGAAGCUGAUGGAUGGAGUGGCCAGGUACCUACAUGUGAAGUUGUUAAAUGUCCUGACAUUCCGGCCAUUGAGAAUGGAAGAAUAUCAAACCCUUCUGCAGAGCCAUGGGAAUACGGAAUGGUGGCCACAGUUUCAUGCCUUGGCGACUACUCAUUGAUCGGUGAACGUAAGCUUACCUGUAAAAGUGAUGGAAGGUGGAAUCAUCCCUUUCCAAAGUGCAAAGAUGUUAAAUGUCUGCUUCCGGAUUUUCCUGACAAUGUUAUCGUGACACCGCCAUACAAAUCUACUUAUAAAUAUCAGGAUCAAGUCAUUUUCCGGUGUAAAGAAGGUUAUGAGAUGAACGGCAACAGUGUCAUUGUAUGUGGAGAGGACAACAAUUUUUCAUCCUCACCGCCCACCUGCACACCACGAAUCAAAGUUACUACCACCACAGCAACUGGAACCAAAGUUGUUCCAACUUCUCAUGUCCCCUCCAUAGCAACUAUGCCAGGAAUUGUUCCUACAUCUGUGUCUCCUAAAUCCAUCCCUGUAUAUCAAAAUGUACUCUGUGCAUUACUUGCUGUAGUUGUUGUUGUUGUUGUUAUACCCAUCGUGAUACGAUGUAUAUACAGGAGAUAUUGCAACCAUGGAAGUCUGACAAAAAACAAGAAAAGAGACCCUGAGAAAGAAGAGGCGCUUUCCAAUCAGAUGCAGCGCCUUGCAGCUGAUGAAAGGACACAGUAAUAUACUUCAAAUUUUUUUUUAAAAAAAGAUCAGUGGUUUGAAAUUAUUUUGAAUUUGAUUAAUCAUGGCCGAGGUGUGGAACUGGAGCUACUCCUGCUGUGUGAACAAAUGUAUCCUAUAUAGACAUUCGUUUAAGCAAAUCCUGCUGAAUCCUCUGCAUUUCCUUAAUGUUUUUUUAAUAAAAGAUGAGGAUACUCAGUCAUUGAAACACAGCCGAAAUUGUGUGCCAGCUCAUGAAGCAGCAGAACAAAUGGAAAUGUUCCCAUUCUUGCAAAGGAAUGUUUAUGAAACUUCAGAUCAGUUGUAAAGAAGACAUAGAUAAUCUUUUUAUUUAGUAAUAUUUGCCUGAAAACAUUUCCCAUUUGGAAGCCGGAGGUAGCUGAUUCCAGUAUCUGCUGAGGGUUCCAAGUUUUAUAAUUGUUUCAUGCUAUUUCUGAAUUCAUAAUUGAUAGGGAUUUUUCCAGAUGAAGAUAAUUAUUGGGUCUGUUAAUUGUGUCUGAGUGCUAUUUAAUAUUUAAAUCUGAUGUUUCAAUUUGUGGGUGCAUUUGAAGUCGCAAAACCAGUGCCAGAGUAUUCUUGUUCAGAUGGUCUCAGUUUGUUCCAACAACCUGUUUUAAACAUCUGGGCAGAUGAUAGUGACAUUGGUAAUAAACCGCUUUACUGAGGUUAAUUACAUUUUAUUCGAAACCAUUCCACCAUCAAAGGUGCAAAAAAAAACAAAUGCUUCAAAAGAAAAAGCCAACUUGUGAUUUUAAAACUUAAUUAGAACUUCUGAUUAAUUUCACUGAAGUCCUGCACAGCAGGACUGUAACUUGCUCUUUGGCAAUUUAGCACAAAAGGCAGAUUUCUUUCUCUUUCCUGUGUGCUGCUUCCAAGAUGCUCCUGGCAAAGCAUUGUUAGUCUAUAUGCCACUACUAAUGCUGGAGUAGAAUUGCCCCUGCAAAGGCAUGCAGUUCUGAACAAUGCGAACAAGUAGGUGGUCGCUUGAGUGGUGCAACUGAACCGCUGUCCUUCGUAGAAGAGGCCAGAAUUUUCCCAUGCCACCCGAUGUGAGACCACCAUUCUUACUUAAACCCUUCACCCCUACUGGGACACAGGCCUCUGACAGCUGCUCACCAGGGUCCUCUGUUCUGUGCACAUCUUUCCAAUUGUCCCCAGGUGUGGCCCAUCUUCUAGGGGAAGAUCCUCGCUCUCCCAGGGAUGAGGCCUUUGUAGCUUCUGGUGGUGUUUCUGUGGCUCUGGGUUUUUAUGGGAAGCGGUUGCUAGCCCAUGCCCAACACACCUGCCUUCGCAGCCGGGGUUGGGACUGUCUGUGGAGGAGCUGAUACCACCAUUCACUCACUAUUAUUAUUAAUUGGCCCUUGUAUCUUUGCUGAAUAGAUGUUAAUGUUCUGAUUUUGAACGAGAUGUAGAAAUUUGCAAGUACCUGUUGGGCUUUUCUGUGGUACAGGAGCUUCACAGAGCCUCUAGGCAGCACCUUAACGAUGUCGAAAUGAAGAGCACUUAUCGAAAAUAACUUUAGAGACGUACUAUUUGCUCUUCAUGCUGAUUGGCUUUUUUAAGGAAAAUUGUAAAAUUGUAAUGAUGCUCGAUAUUCUUUGCCAAUUGACUACACAAAUUAGCAUAAACUAAUUUGUGUUGUAUAUGUAAUAAUGUCUUUUAUAAGCCGCAGGUGUAGAAUGUAGCUCUCCCUGAUAUCAUCUGUCUUUAUAUCAUUCUGGUUGAUUCAAUUGGUUUUAUUGAUUGCUAACACUGGGUGCAGAUUAACGUCUGGAUUUGUAGAAGCCGAGGAUUGAGGAAAAUUAAAGAUGGAGAGUUGUGAGGAAGCUGGAACAGAGUGGGAGUUUAGAGGCAUAAAGUUUGAGACAGAGCUAAAGAUCCAGUAAGGGAACACCUGCCGGGAGGAGGGUUGAGGCCAGACUAGACAUUACACUAGGCUGGAGGGAAAAUUUCAGAUGAAAUCAGAGCUUGGGUGACAAAUCCUGUCAGUUUUAAUUGGUGAACGGAUGGGAGUCGCACAGAUAACAAGAGCAUUUAAAGUUUUGUCCAUAGUGGAUUAAAGAUCUAGUUUAUUGUGCAAAUAGUACACAUUGUGGCCUUACUUAUUUAGAAGUUCCAAGAUGCAAUAGAAUUGCUCUUGGCGUGUGAUUUAAUUUUUCACUUUAUAAUUGUAAACCAAAUAAAGUGCAACAGGAUUCUUGCACAAGUUAUAUUCGCAACUUAUACCUAAAAUUUGAUGUUUUUAUUAUAUGCCUGAUGUUAUUUAUUAGUAAAAUUAUGGUUGAAGCUGCCAUAUACUUUUGAAUGUACUCAACACGUCUGUUCACUAAGUUCACGGUCCCUGUGCGAAAGAUACAGUAGCAUCUUGUAUCCGCUGUUACAAUAUUUUUGUUUUUGAUGGGCAGGGCUCAUCCUGUUGCUCUUCACUUUAGAACACUACUUGUUUAUUUUGCAGUGCUUUUCAAGGUCAUGUAUACUAUAAAACAGACCUAUUGUCGAAGACUUAGUAAGUUCUGAAUCUCAAAGUACCACCCAGUUGUCAGCUUAACUUUCAAAGUACAGUGAAAAUUGAUUGACUUGUUGUCUAAAGGAGCCUGUUCAGCUUUGGACCAAAUGCCUAAGCAUUAAAUAUAGUUUCAAUGUGCUGUUAUCUCAACUGCUCAUGUUAAUAAAAUCAUUGCACUUUUUAAUUUCUCUCUC